AGUGGAGGCCUUCCGGCUGGCAAGUCCAAGGUGCGACGGCGGAGACGCUGUGGGCAUUGCCGGCCUAGCUUCCCCUGGCCCGGGCAGGCCGUCCUGGGGUCAGCCAGUCGGAGCACGCCGAGACAGAAACGGCCUCCGCCAGUCAAGAACUCUCAAAAGCACUUUGCCAUGGAUCUAGAAGAUGAAGAGAACAUGAGUUCCAGCAGCACUGACAUCAAGGAGAACCGUAGUCUGGACAUCGUGUCCCCCAAGGACGGCAGUGCCCCUGGGCCUGGUGAGGGCCUGCAGCUCCCUGGUGGGGGCAGCAGUGGCACUGGCCGGAAGCGGCCCCUGGAGGAGGGCAGCAAUGGCCACUCCAGGUACCGCCUGAAGAAGCGGAGGAAAGCGCCAGGGCCCGUGCUGCCCAAGAAUGCACUGAUGCAGCUGAACGAGAUCAAGCCCGGCCUGCAGUACACGCUGCUCUCCCAGACGGGGCCCGUGCACGCCCCGCUCUUCGUCAUGUCCGUGGAGGUUAACGGGCAGGUCUUCGAGGGCUCCGGCCCCACCAAGAAGAAGGCAAAGCUGCAUGCUGCAGAGAAGGCCCUGAGGUCCUUCGUCCAGUUUCCCAAUGCCUCCGAGGCCCACCUGGCUAUGGGUAGGACCCUGUCCGUGCACACAGACUUCACUUCUGACCAGGCCGACUUCCCUGACACGCUCUUCAAUGGCUUCGAGACCCCAGACCGGGUGGAGUCCUUCUGCAUGGGCUCCAACGGAGACGAGUCCCUCAGCUCCAGCGGGGACCUCAGCCUGUCGGCCUCACCUGUGCCCGCCAGCCUUGCCCAGCCCCCCCUGCCGGGCCCACCACCCUUCCCGCCGCCCAGCGGGAAGAACCCUGUGAUGAUCCUGAACGAGCUGCGUCCAGGGCUGAAGUAUGACUUCCUCUCUGAGAGCGGGGAGAGCCAUGCCAAGAGCUUCGUCAUGUCCGUGGUGGUGGACGGCCAGUUCUUCGAGGGGUCGGGCAGGAACAAGAAGCUGGCCAAGGCUCGGGCUGCACAAUCGGCCCUGGCCACCAUCUUCAACCUGCACCUGGACCAGACGCCAUCACGCCAGCCCGUGCCCAGCGAGGGGCUGCAGCUGCACCUGCCACAGGUGCUGGCAGACGCCGUCUCGCGCCUGGUCCUGGGUAAGUUCAGUGACCUGACAGACAACUUCUCCUCACCUCACGCACGCAGAAAAGUGCUGGCCGGAGUCGUCAUGACCACAGGCACAGACGUGAAGGACGCCAAGGUGAUCAGUGUGUCCACGGGGACCAAGUGCAUCAAUGGGGAGUACAUGAGCGACCGCGGCUUGGCGCUGAACGAUUGCCACGCGGAGAUCAUCGCCCGCCGCUCCCUGCUCAGGUUCCUCUACACGCAGCUGGAGCUCUACCUGAAUAGCAAAGAGGACCAGAAGAGCUCCAUCUUCCAGAAGUCGGAGCGCGGAGGGUUCCGGCUGAAGGACACCGUGCAGUUCCACCUGUACAUCAGCACCUCUCCCUGCGGAGACGCCCGGAUAUUCUCGCCCCACGAGCCGGUGCUCGAAGGUGUGAGGCUGGACCAGCAGGCAGCAGAACCCUCAGAUCGACAUCCAAACCGCAAAGCGAGGGGACAGCUGCGGACAAAAAUUGAGUCUGGCGAGGGGACGAUCCCGGUGCGGUCGAACGCCAGCAUCCAGACGUGGGAUGGGGUGCUACAGGGGGAGAGGCUGCUGACCAUGUCCUGCAGCGACAAGAUAGCACGCUGGAACGUGGUGGGCACCCAGGGCUCCCUGCUCAGCAUCUUCGUGGAGCCCGUCUACUUCUCCAGCAUCAUCCUGGGCAGCCUGUACCACGGCGACCACCUCUCCAGGGCCAUGUACCAGCGCAUCUCCAACAUCGAGGACCUGCCGCCCCUCUACACCCUCAACAAGCCCCUGCUCAGCGGCAUUAGCAACGCAGAGGCGCGGCAGCCGGGCAAGGCGCCCAACUUCAGCGUCAACUGGACGGUCGGUGACAGCGCCCUGGAGGUCAUCAACGCCACCACGGGGAAGGACGAGCUGGGCCGCCCCUCGCGCCUGUGUAAGCACGCGUUGUACUCUCGCUGGAUGCGUGUGCACGGCAAGGUGCCCCCCCACUUGCUGCGGACCAAGAUCAUCAAGCCCACCACCUACCACGAGUCCAAGCUGGCGGCUAAGGAGUACCAGGCCGCCAAGGCCCGCCUCUUCACCGCCUUCAUCAAGGCAGGGCUGGGCGCCUGGGUGGAGAAGCCCACGGAGCAGGACCAGUUCUCCCUCACGCCCUGACCCGUGGGCCCAGCUCAGGGUGCAGGGCUGUCCGCCCCACACCAUCCCCGAACCUCACGUCUGGACUGGGGCAGGCUCACACCUCGGCGAGGGCCCAGGGACACUGUGUCCUGCACCAUCUCCAAACCUCACCUCUGAACUCGGGCAGGCACACACCCCGGUGAGGCACGGGCCAGGGACCACUGGCGUCACGCACCCGACCAGGGCAGGUGUGGGGCUGUGGGGUGCCGGGCAUCUCACGUCUGCACUGGGACAGGUGCACUCAUGUCCCUUCCUGAGUCAUCCAGUGACUGCUUCCAACUCCAGUUUACGUUAGAGAUCGAGUUCUACUGAGUAGGGCUUCGUGAGUGUAGGAACGGAGACACGGCUGCGUGUGAGAUCCUCGAAUAAAUAAUUUAUUCAGAGCUAGGAA